UCUCCGGGCCUUUCGCUAUCUCAUCCUCACGUCUCCGGCAGCUUGCACCCCUCCUCUCCUUUCGCUCUGGCCUCGUCAGUCGCCCCUCCCCAGACUGGAUCCGGAUCAGGACAUAGAUCCGGAUCCUGGUCCAGGUCGAGACCUGGGGCUGUCGAUGCUUCAGCCUCUCAGACGUCCGCUUUUCUACUCACGCCGGCCUGGAUCGCCUCCGAGACCGGAGUGCCUCAUGUACGACAUGUGACCGGCUGGGAGGAGCCACGUCGUGCCGAGGUCGGCUCGACGGCCGGGCCUGACGACGCAGAAGCGACGGUCAACUCGGACGAGGACGCCGAUGAGACGUACUGGCAGGCGAGAGGUCGGGCCAUCGGGGAGCUCAUCAAAGUGGCACGCACCCUCGAGGCGGCAGACGACGCCAGUCGUGAACAGCUGCGCUGGGAGCAGAUACGUCAUCGUGAGAUCACUAUGAAGACGGCGCCGGACUCGAGGCCUGCCGAGGCCGAGGCAAACGACACCGUCACGGCUCUGGUGUCCGGCGAGCGUCUGCAAAAUAAGCGCUCCUUGCUGGCCAAGUCAAAGUCCUGCUACACUACGCUGGAAAUCGAGAAGGGUCUGGUGCGAAAGGACCGCCAGCGAAUCUUCACCGCUCUGGCGACGGCUGAAACGCCUGAGGAGGGUCUCAUCAACAUCCUUGAUGGGAAUUCAUGUACGCUUUUGUCGACUAGUUGCACACAAUACGUCAUUUUUGUGUUGAGGUGA